AGACGGCUUCUGACGGCGUUCUGGUGGUGUUGUCUUCGCUUUGGAGCAGAUAUGUAAAAUCAACAGAAUUGAAAAAAGUUACUACAUUUCUUACUUGCAUACGGCGUAGAAGGAGGGACUUCCUGCUGCUGACAGCUGAUGUUUUUUUUGUUUUGUUUGUUCCCCCUCCUGACAAGAUUUUGUGAGGCACCACACCAUCAAGCAUCAUGUUCCAUCUGCUGACAUUCAGAAGCUGGACCACCACCACCACCCUCGGGUGCCUUUUAGCCCUAACACUAGCCCCCGUCUCCAGGCAGGAGGAGGCCACGCGUGAGGGCAGCGGCGGCGGCAAGCUCCUGCUGGUCUCCUUCGACGGCUUCCGCUGGGACUACAUCAACCGCGUGCCCACGCCCAACUUCGACGCCAUCAUGAGGCAUGGCGUGCAGGUGGAGCGGGUGCGCAACACCUACGUCACCAAGAGCCUGCCCAACCACUACAGCCUGGUGACGGGCCUGCACGCCGAGAGCCACGGCAUGGUGGCCAACCAGAUGUUGGACCGGCGCCACAACCGCUCCUUCUCCCUGGACGCCGGCCCCGGUGGCGCCCCGGAGGCCCACGAGCCGCGCUGGUGGGAGCAGGCCGUGCCUCUGUGGGUGACCAACCAGAGGGCGGGCGGGCGCAGUGGCGCGGCCAUGUGGCCCGGCUCGGACGUGGCCAUCCACGGCGUCUACCCCACGCACUACGUGCCUUACAACGCCUCGGUGCCCUUCCAGAGCCGCGUGGAGAGGCUGCUCAGCUGGUUCUCGGGGCCCGAGCCCAUCGACUUUGGCGUGCUGUACUGGGAGGAGCCCGACGAGAGCGGCCACAACCUGGGGCCCGAGAGCCCCCUGCUGGACGUGGUCAUCGCCGACAUCGACCAGAAGCUGGGCUUCCUGCUGGAGGAGCUGCGGCGCGCCGGCCUGGAGCAGCACGUCAACCUGGUGGUGACCAGCGACCACGGCAUGACCCAGCUGUCCCACGACAAGAUCAUCGAGCUGGACAGCUACGUCAGCCGCGACCUCUACACCUGGGUGGACUCCAGCCCCGUGGUCGGCCUCAUACCCAAGGAAGGUGCGUUUGACGAGGUCUACCUGUCCCUCCUGAAUGCCAAUCCAAACCUGUAUGUUUACAAGAGGGAGGACGUCCCUGAGCACUACCACUAUCGCCAUAACGACCGCAUCAUGCCCAUCAUCCUGGAGGCCAGAGAGGGCUGGACCAUUGUGCCCAACAAGACCAAGAAAGUCAUGUUGGGGAACCAUGGCUACAACAACUCCCUGCCCAGCAUGCACCCUGUGUUUGUGGCCCGCGGCCCCGCCUUUCAGAGGGGCUACACCAAGGACGCCAUGGACUCUGUCGACCUCUACCCCCUCAUGUGCUACAUCCUCGGGGUGCGGCCCCUGCCCAACAACGGCUCGCUGGCCCGCGUCCAGGACCUGUUGCUGGAUCCGCCGCCUCCGACCACCCCCGGCCCCACCCCGGCCCCAAGGCUCCUGCUGGCUCCCUGGGCCAAGGAGUCGCCCUACGCCUGGGUGGUGGAGCUGCUGCUGGGCACGUCCCUGGUGGUCUUCUUCCUCUUCCUGUUCGUCAAGCAGGUCACGUGGAGACAGACGCGGCCCGCCCUGCCGCAGCACAUCAACCGGGAGAUCUCCAAACCUUUGCUCUACGAGGAGCUCCAGCUCUAAAGACGACCACCAUGCGCUACCAGGCCACUUCAAGAGCAAUGUUGUUUGGGCUACGGCAGGGCGCUGUAACUUUUCUAACUAUUCCAUUGGCUAAUUUGGAGCCCAUCAUAAUCAUAAUGUUGCCCAGCAACAUUGCACAAGAGGAUGCCCCGUGUAUCACUGCCUUUAAGACGACGAUACACUAAUGACUCUUUUCCACUGCUGUCGAAUAGGCACAACAUAGCUCAAUCGUAAAGCAAAAAGUGGCGACCGAGUCGCGCUGUGUCGAGCUGUAGGCCUACCAGAAAACCGGCAGUGGAAAAGAGGCAUAAGCAACCUUUUGAGCAAUGUGUUUAGGGCUACAAUCAGGGCUCUAAAUUAACUUUUUUUUUCCAUCACUAGCCAAAAUGGCUACUAGAUGUUAAAUCUUACUAGCCAGAUACACAGUUACUAAUGGGUCAAAGUGGUUACUAAGUUGGUCUUUUCUGCAGCCAAACUGAAAUUUCACCAGCAUUUGGCCAGUUGGCUGGUGUUAAUUUAGAGCCCUGGCAAUGAUACAAUAAGAGGUUGUUUACUUUAGACUGCUUCUCAGUGUAAUGUGUUCAAGAGAAGUGGAGUCAUCAGCAGACAACUCUUUUUAAUAAGGCCAUCAGAUCAUUAGGCAAUCAUGUUGUUGCCAGGCAACAUUGAUCAAAAAUCUGCCCUGUGUAUCAUAACCUUUAAGACAACAAUAGCCUACUGGGUGACUUUUUGAGCAACGUUUUGUUUUUGGACAAUGAUACUGUGAAUUUCUUAUUAGGACUGUCUAUGACUGCUGCAGUUUUAUCAGGAGAGCAUGGAUCAGCAGUAGACACAUUUUUACUAAUCACUCUACCAGAGAAUUAGGAGCCCAUUGUGUUGUUGCCCAGCAACAUUGCUCAAAAGUUGCCCUGUGUGUCAAUCAUAUCAAGACCACGUCUCUCUGUAGCAGAACAUUUGUACCGGCAUGUAUUUCUAUUAAGAUGUCGUUUCAAACGAGGGAAAAACAACCAAGUAGACAACCCAACAGCAAGAUAUUUUCUCCUCUUUUUAUGUGUGAAACACUUUAUAGGGACUACAAGUGCAGUAGCUAUAUUUCUUUUUUUGUGUGUAGAAAAAGUGGUAAGAACUUUGAUAAUGAUUGUUCAUUUUACGAUUGUUUUAUUUUUUUGUAUAUCCGUUGUGCUUCUGAAUUCUUUCUUCAAGUAUUACAUUUUUUUUCCCUGACAAAUGACAUGGCACUGAAAUGUCAACCAUUACACUGAGGGAGACUGAAACAGGUGUAAUAGACGCUAAAUGCACAGUUAAUAUUGACACUUUAUCCUGCUUUCAGUGUUAGACCGUCACUGUAAGUGCAGAGGUAUAUAUUAUCGUAUUGUUACAUUAUUUUGUAAGUACUCAGUGCACCUUUAAGCAUUGACCAGCGUCCUCAGGUGUUAAGAGAUCCUGCUGUGACUGGAAUACUGGGUCCCUUUCAAUAUCUAACCUCCUGUCCUCUCCAUUUGCUAGUGGCCUUGUGCUUCACUGUUGCCCCACUUACAUAUAUGGAGAAAACAAUAAAGUUUCCCCGAUGUCAGCCAUGGUACAAUUUAUGGAGGGCUUUUCCCCCAUUCAACAUCCUUAUUGCAAAUGAGAAAAUGACCUUUGAAUCGUGCUUUUGCGAGACAUUGAAUAUCACUUCUAUCGUCAAAUGACGUCUUGCCUCGCAUCACAAGGCCACAAGCACAAGGAUAAAAUGUGAGGUGAGAUAUUGAAUGUGACCCCAAGAGUUCACUGAUGGUUUGUCCUCGUCAACAUCAUUUUAUGGUGGUGCAGCCACUUAAAAACACUCAGAGCAACCAAAGACGCAGUAGACACACAAACAAAAAAGUAGCAGUCACCUAAUUCUUCCCACUCAAAACUUUGUGCCAGGAAUGAAUGAAGCUGAACUGAGGGCGCACGUGUUUUGUCUGUGGACAAACCACUUAACAAUGUUGCACUUCCUUCCAUCAAACUACUCUUUUUGAACUCUGUAUAGAUGUAGUGCCAUUUAGCUGCAAAGCUAAGUGCUUUGGGGUUCAAACUCUGGAUUUGGCAGCUGAGCAAACCUGAUGGUGUUUACCCACUAAUUAAAUGGGAGCAAAAUGCACUGAUGGUCAGACCAACUCGAUGACCGCACGUCACCACAGCAGGACCAGACUAAUAACACGCAAGUGUCUAAUGCAGAUGACAAUGAAUUUUAAAGAGAUGAUGUUUUUUCCCUAUCCUAGAUUUAAAUCUACCUGCCAGUGUUGGUUUUUUUAGUAUAUUGCUUUCUUUGUAUUUUCAAUAGCUCAGCAAGGUUUGAUAGAGGUUUCAUGUCUUGUGUACUUUUGUUACUCUCAUCUUUUUUCAUAAUUGUAAGGUUAAGUGCAAUUACUUUGAACAGUUUUCCAUGUUGUGUUUGAAAUGCUGGUAGAGUUUAAGUCCUAUGUUUUUAGUUCUAGCUCGACUACUAAGGUUGGUAGUUGAAAAGCUUCUUACAUGUUGCACUCUUCAUCAGGAGCAAGCGAAAGAGAAAAAAAAAGUCUAUGAAAAUAAUAAGCUAGAGGGUAGGUGGCUUUAUUGAUAAUCAUGUUUUGCACAGUUUAUUUAGUGCUUUUAAUAAAGAAGAGUUUCCUAAUGCCAAACUUUGAAGGGGCUAUGUGAAGGGUGGGGUGGGGGGUAAAGAGGUAUCUAAUAACGCUAAGAAUAUUGCACCGCAAGGCGAGUAGAGGUUUUCCUCCAUGUUAAUGUGUCCGGUCAUUUAAGUUAUGUCAAGCAUGGCAUCUAGUGCAAUUCAGCCCAUUCAUAUGACAUCACCACUGUGAUCUACCUGUUCCAGGUAAAGAACUUUAAAGAGGUAUUGUAAUUUCAUUGUGUUCUUUGAUGUUAUCAUUGCCUUCCAGGUCUGUCUGGGCCUUAACAAGAAAAGAAAAUGUUUUAAUGUCCUGUGGCUUAAUUAUUGUUUAGUGACGAAAAAAACAACAUUCCUCUGGAUAACCAGAGUUUCAAUGACAUCUGUCAUUUCAGUGGCUACUAGAAUGUGCUUUGUUUUGAACUUAUGGUUUUAACAAUUCCUAUUGUAGGUCUACGUGUUACAUGUUCAGAUUGUUGUUUUUGAUUAAAAUGAAUAGUGUCAAAAUAC